AUGCAGCUGAAGACCCUUUUCGCAACUGCCGCCUUCUCGGUCCUCGCCCACGCACAGGGCUUGGGGCUCGGGACUCUCUCGACCGAGUCGUCCACCAGCCACACUCCCGCGCCGUCGCCCAGCCUUGCGCCUGACUCCACAAUCGAACUCAGGAACGAUGACGGGACUUGCAACUUCUACUUCAACAACGUGCUGAAAUGCAACGGGGACACGAGCGCGAAUGGAAUGGGCCGCUUCAACACAGAUACGAAAGAAUGUGAACAGUCGGACGGCAUGUACCACUCGGACCCGAGCACGAGAGCUGUUCUUUGCUCUUUCUUUGCUUUUUCUCUUUCUUACAAAUACGAUGAGUUCCAGUUGGAUCCAUUCUUUUGUGGUAGCGCGUUGCUGCUGUACUAUUACAAGGAUAGCUCUGACAGCGGCGCGAAGGCGGGUCAACUACAGUUCAACAACGAGCAUGGUGAUUAUAUCAUCGAUAUUGGGUUCAAGCCAACUACUGUCAAGGCUGCUGGGAACCUGAAGUCGGUUUAA